CCCAGAAUAAACUGAGGGUCCGCAAGAGUUGCAGUCGUGCUGAGGGUGUUUAAGGGUUUGCUCCCACUCAGAAUAAACUAGAAUGUAAUUGGGUGUUAUCAGAUAUGCAUUGUUGUGAUGGACCUCCGUGAAAGUGAAGAAACUUCCAGAAGUUUUGUUUUGUCUUGUCUUAUGUUCUGUUAAGCCUGGCUAGUCAUCAGGCAGCUCCAGAAGAAGGAUGGAGGCACUUUACCACCAGACAAAUGGUCUGGUUCAUCAGAUGCAAGAUGGGUUUGCAUUGUUAGAAAGAGCAUCAGCUUCUGAAGCAGAAGGACAAGAGAGAGAAUUUAAUCUGGCCAUUGAGAACAUCAUUAGCAAUUGUAAGCGACUGGACAUUUUGGCUGACAAGGAGCCAGUGCAGAGGCGAAACAGUGCCAAACAACGUGUAAACCAGUUGAAGUAUGAUGUCCAGCAUCUUCAGUCAGCGCUGCGGGCGCUGCAGCAGCGCCGUAUGGCGCGGGACCGCGAGCGGAUGGAGCGUGAGCAGCUGCUAUCGCAGCGCUUCACCACCAACGACCAGAGCGACACGAGUAUCGCCAUCGACGCGGCACUCCAGAUGAACGACCGGCUCCAGAACUCACACCGCGGCUUGGACGAUCUGCUGAACAUCGGCAACUCGGCGCUGUCGAACCUGCGGGACCAGCGGGGCGUGUUGAAGGGCGCCCGCCGCCGCAUGCUUGACCUGGCUAACACGCUCGGCAUGUCCAACACAGUGAUGCGGCUCAUAGAACGGCGCGCCUACCAGGACAAGUUCGUGCUGUUUGGUGGCAUGCUCGCCACGCUCGUAGUCAUGUAUGUCACCUGGCGCUACCUGACCUGACGUGGCCGCGUGUGGUGCCGCCGGACCUGACGCCACUGGCCCGUGACCCCGGUGACCCCGGUGAUCCCCUCAGAGGUGCGCUGAUGCGGUGUGCUGAGGUC